GCUUUGGAAAGAGUCCGCAUUAGCUGCGCCGUCUCCAUCGACAAUCAUUACAUCGCCUCGCAGACGGUCACGAUGAGUGCAUCUGCUGUCCGCGGUCCGUCUAGGCUGCUGGGCACUGUCCUGCGGACCUCCGCAUCUUCGCGAGCCGGAGCGUGGGUUUGCCGACGGUGCGCAUCUACAGCCACUUUGUCAAACUACUCCGCAGGCUCAAAGUCGUAUCUGGUGCAACGGUCGUUAAACCGACGAUGGCAACAGCGGCGGGGCGCAGCCGGUGCAGCAGCAGCAAUGCUCGAAGAGGCUCAAGACGACUCCCUGUCCCAGGAGACGAUCAUACAUAACCUUUCUACACAAGAGGCCCAUCGUCUGUCAAGAGUCAGGAAUAUCGGUAUAGCAGCGCAUAUCGACUCUGGCAAAACCACGGCCACAGAACGAGUCCUCUUCUACACUGGUCGCAUCAAGGCGAUUCACGAAGUCCGCGGCAAAGAUGCCGUUGGAGCCAAAAUGGACUCUAUGGACCUUGAAAGAGAAAAGGGAAUCACAAUCCAGUCUGCUGCAACCUUCUGCGAUUGGGUCAAGAAAGAAGAUGGCAAAGAUGAGACAUACCACAUCAACUUGAUUGACACACCAGGGCAUAUUGACUUCACCAUCGAAGUCGAGCGAGCUCUUCGCGUCCUUGACGGUGCCGUGAUGAUCCUGUGCGCCGUGUCAGGUGUCCAGAGUCAGACCAUCACAGUGGAUCGUCAAAUGCGAAGAUACAAUGUCCCCCGGAUCACUUUUAUCAACAAGAUGGAUCGGAUGGGUGCCAACCCAUUCAAGGCCAUCGACCAGAUCAACAAAAAGCUGAAGAUCGCCGCAGCAGCUGUUCAAGUGCCCAUCGGUUCCGAAGACGAGUUUAGCGGAAUUGUUGACCUGGUCACAAUGAAAACAUACUACGCAGAAGGCGCUCGAGGCGAGAUCAUCGUGACAAAGGACGAGAUCCCGGCCGAGGUUCAAGAGCUUGCUCGGGAGAGACGGGCGAUGCUGAUUGAAAGCCUUGCUGAUGUCGACGAGGAAAUGGCCAAUCUUUUCCUGGACGAGCAGGAACCGACCGUUGAACAGCUCAAGGAAGCUAUCCGACGUGCCACAAUAUCCCUGAAGUUCACACCCGUCUUUGUUGGCUCUGCCCUCGCAGACAAAUUUGUCCAACCUAUGCUGGACGGAGUCUGCGAUUACCUUCCUAACCCGGCCGAAGUCUCCAACACGGCACUAGACCGCCGGCAGAAAGAAGCUGCUGUCAAGCUGAUCCCAUACAACGCACUCCCUUUUGUGGGUUUGGCUUUCAAGCUGGAAGAAUCAAACUUUGGCCAACUUACCUACAUACGUGUGUAUCAGGGCAAGCUGACAAAAGGAUUGAAUGUGUUCAACGCCCGUACCGACAAACGAGUCAAGAUCCCGCGAAUCGUUCGAAUGCAUUCCAACGAGAUGGAAGAAGUGACUGAAAUCGGCGCUGGCGAGAUCUGCGCCGUGUUUGGCGUAGAAUGCGCUUCCGGAGACACCUUCACUGACGGUCAGCUCGCAUAUACCAUGACUAGCAUGUACGUUCCCGAACCUGUCAUCUCGCUCAGCAUCAAGCCCAAGAACAACAAAGAUCUGCAGAAUUUCUCCAAAGCGAUUGCACGGUUCCAGCGUGAAGACCCCACAUUCAGGGUACAUUUCGAUGCCGAGAGUGGGCAGACCAUCAUUUCCGGCAUGGGUGAACUACAUCUUGAAGUGUACGUCGAACGGAUGAGACGUGAGUACAGCGUCGACUGCGAGACUGGACAGCCCCAAGUCGCAUAUCGCGAGACCAUUACUGAAAAGGUCGAGUUCGACCAUCUUCUCAAGAAACAGACCGGUGGUGCGGGUGAUUAUGCUCGUGUCAUGGGCUGGAUGGAACCUACGGGCAAUUUGGAGGGUAACCACUUCGAAGAACAGGUUGUGGGAGGUUCGAUUUCCGAAAAGUUCUUGUUCGCCUGUCAAAAAGGAUUCAUGCAGGCUUGCGAGCAAGGCCCUCUGAUCGGCCAUAAAGUCUUAGGAGCCUCGAUGGUCGUCAAUGAUGGUGCAACUCACAUGACUGAUUCAAGCGAAAUGGCCUUUAAGAUCGCGACGCAGCAAGCAUUCCGCAAGGCUUACAUGCAGUCACAACCGGUCAUUCUCGAGCCGCUCAUGAAGACCGUUGUCACUGCUCCUACAGAGUUCCAGGGUAAUGUUGUGGGUUUGUUGCAGAAGCGAAAUGCAGUUAUCAAUGAUACCGAAGUCGGCGUCGACGACUUUACUGUCUGGGCGGAUGCCAGUCUUAACGGCAUGUUCGGGUUCAGCGGCAACCUCCGAGCAGCGACCCAAGGUAAAGGUGAAUUCAGCAUGGAGUUCAGUCACUACGAAAGAGCACCCAUGCAGCUGCAAAAGGAACUGGUCGCAAAGUACCAAAAGGCUCAGGCCGAGAGGAGCAAGAAGUAAAUCAUCUAUGAAAAAUGGGUGUCCAAUGGAGCCAGACCUGGUACAGCGCUGGAACCCUAGUC